AUGAAGUGCAUCGUAUUAGUCGCUCUCCUUUGCUGCUUUGGCUUAAGCUAUGGUCAAGGCAUUUCAACACAAUUUCUUGAAGAAAACUUGCUCAACCCUAUGCUCAACUCAAUGCUUAACAAUGCAGUAUCAUUACUUAACAGUCAAAUAACCAGUCUUUUUUCAGGUCUUUUUGGCGGUAUUGGUAAACGAGACCUCAGCAGCCUCGCAAACUUUAAUUUAGGCCAAAUUUUGACUCCAUUUGUUGGCAAAAUCAAAGAAAUCUAUCAACAAUUAUUUCAAGUUUUUCUUCAAAUUGUUAACCAUGCUGAAAGUUGGAUCCAAAAAGCAGACUUUGCCCGUAUUGAAUUCGUUCGCGCUGGUGAUGCAGCUGAAGAAGCAGUUUCACGUUUAAAUCUUGGUGUUGAAUUUUUACAACCACUUGUUAACCUUGUUCAAACACACAUCCAUGCUCUUAUCUCUGACUUUCAAGGAAUCAUCCAACAAACCAUUGCUGCUGUUGCAAAACCAAUUAAUUAA